AUGCCUGGUGUUGCUAGAUCAUUAGUUGAAAAAUUCAAUGACUCGGGCUUGCCCAUUGGAAAGGUGGCCACCAUCCUUAGAGGCCCUGAUUUAUUGUUUGACAGUCGAGAUUGUUAUAAUCAUAUGAAAAAUGUAAGAAGGAAAAUCUAUGACGUUGGGGAUGCACAAGCCGUGUCAAUCUUGUUUGGUUGUGCUCUAUUAAAAGAUGAAACUGAAGAUACUUUUGUGUGGCUAUUUGAGGAAUGGCUACGAGCAAUGAAUGGAAAACAUCUAGGCGCAAUAAUUACUGACCAGUUGAACUUGCAGGACAAGGCAAUUACCAAUGCAGUAUCCAAAGUUUUUCCAAAUUCCAAACAUCGAUUUUGUAUGUGGCAUAUUAUGAGAAAGUUUCCAGAGAAGUUGUCACAUGUGUACCGAGACCAUGGGUCUUUCAAGAAGGAAUUCAAUGAUUGUAUCUAUAAGUCCAACAGUAUUCAAGAAUUUGAAGACAAAUGGCAUCGUCUUAUUGUUGAGUAUCGUCUUAUUGGGAAUGAGUGGAUGCAUUCACUUUAUUCAAUUAGAUCAUCUUGGAUACCAAUAUUUAACCGUUCCACUUUUUUUGCCGGUAUGCACACUACUCAGCGCAGCGAAAGCAUCAAUGCAUUCUUUGAUGAUUUUGUUACAUCUGGCACUACAUUGAAUGAAUUUGUGGAGAAAUACAACCAAGCAGUAGAUGCUCGAUAUGAGUCAUUGAAAAAGGCAAAUUUUGAGUCCAUGCACAAAGAAAGACGCUUGCAAUUCAAUAUGCUAUUGGAGGAGCAUGCAGCAAAAGUGUAUACACGUGCAAUUUAUGUAAAGUUUGUUACUGAGCUCUCUCAUAUCCUAAGUUUCUCCAAGGACAAACUUACGACUGAUGGUGAAUGGGUUUCAUAUCGAGUUUUUAAUAGAAGAGACACAAAAGAUUCAGCAAUAGUUGAGAUUAAGUUGGAAAGUAGAGAAGCUAGGUGUUCAUGUCUUCAUUUUGAGUUCAUGGGAAUACUAUGUCGGCAUGUUCUUGCUGUUUUUUUUGUUGAAAAUGUUGAGCAGAUACCAGAACACUUCAUUUUGCGACGUUGGCGCAAGGAAGGAAAUGAUGUGUUAAGUAAAGAGAGAGAAAUGUGUUUGCUUAAUAGAGAUGGAUUGGUUCAUAGCCUUCACCUAAGCUCUAAAUGUAAUAGACUUAUUGAGCUUGCACAGAGGUCAGAUGAAGCAUUUCAAUUUAUUUAUGAUGGUCUUGAUUCUCUUGCUGCAUCUGCUGAAAAGUUUUCAGCAUAUGAGGAGAGUAAUGGUAGGGAUACUAAUGUUCAAUGCUUGAAUUCUCAACAAGAAGAUUCUUCUAUGAUAAACUUGAAAGAUCCUAACAUUUCCCAGACGAAAGGCCGGAAAAGGAUCCGUAGCGGGAUUGAAGAAGCAUCAAAGCAAUCCAGUAUUUGUGGAAAUUGCAAGAAACGAGGACAUAAUAAGCGCACCUGUAAAGAAAUAAAUAUGCAUUCAUUAUAG